AUGCGUAAAAUCGCGGAUUUAUUUUAUGGCCGCGGCAAGGAUGACUUCGAGACGACUGAAUCAUUUGAACUUUUGUUUCGUAGUUGGACUGCAAUUGGUUUUUUACCAAAACUACCGAAACGUAUUGUUGACAUAAUUCAUCAGAUUAUUUGCUGGUGCUGCAUAUUUACCUGUCCUGUUUGGUAUUUUGCCGGAGUAAUAGAUAUGAUGAACGAUUUGCCCAUAACAAUCUUGCUGUCUAAUUUAGGAGUCGCUAUUAAUUGUCUCGCGUUACCAUUGAAAGCGUUUUACAUUAAAGUCAAUAUGAAUCAUUUGUGUGACGUUAAUUUGAUGUUCAAACGAUUGGAUGAACGUUAUCAGACGCCCCAAGAAAAGAUGCAAAUCAGAGAAACGGUUAAAAUUAGCACACGGAUCUUUGCAGCCUGUUUCACGCUGUAUGCGUUCUACUGUAUUCCAAGUAGAUUGUUACCGCUUUUCACACAUGAAUAUCCGCAGGGAAAUAGAUUUCCAUUCAUUGAUUGGCUGCCAGAAGGGAACUUGAAAUAUUGGCUUCACUCCAUUAUCGAGAUGCUCUAUUUUCAAUAUCUGCUGCAAUUACAAUGUACAAACGAUUCAUAUCCGGCAAUUUAUAUACAUAGUAUUCGUACGCAUAUCCGACUCUUGACGGAUCGUGUGAGUCGUUUGGGCUUAGAUCCCGAUUUAAGUGAUCAACAGAAUUAUGAGGAAUUAGUCGAUUGCAUCGUUUCACAUCAGGAAAUACUUGUGAUUUCCAAUACCGUUGGGUCGAUCCUUUCUCUAACCACGUUCUUUCAAUUCACUGUAUAUGCGGCUCUUAUCUGCGUGUGCAUGCUCAACUUGUUCAUAUUUGGCGAUUUGAAGACGAGGGUGAGUACGCUGUUUUAUCUCGCACCUGUCAUCUGGCAGACUGUGCCCACCUGUUAUCAAGCUUCGAUGCUCCAGACGGACUGUUCUAAAUUACCGGAGGCAAUUUUCCAUUGCAAUUGGUUGGCUUUGGAUAAACGUUGCCACAAAUUGAUYAUCUAUUUCAUGCAACGCRSUCAGAARGAKAUCUSYUUUACCGCAAUYMMRUUGUUUGUAAUUAAUUUGAGAACCAACUUGUCGAUUGCCAAGUUCUCGUUUACUUUGUAUACCUUCAUAAAGCAAAUGGGUUUGGAUACACACCAUAAUUAG